AUGCACUGGUCCUCCGUCAUCUCAUGUGGUGGAUUGUGUUCUGAGUCCAGCCUUGAAUCCGAAUUUGGGGCGACUACUGCUAGGACGCUAUGGUGCGGUUGUAGAGUCGAUGUUGAGGAAUUGAUCAGGUUUAUCCGAGUCAUCUGCAAGGCAGUGAGUCAGAAGGUCGCGGACUGUAAAUCGGUACUAUUGCCUGGAGGGAACAAAAACGAUGACGAGUUUGGCAUUCCAGAAGAUCGAGAUAGACAUGCUUCAUUUAACACGGCAAUCAUCAGGGAGGGGAAGUGGAGGGGUCACAAUAGCGACUCCGAGUCGGAACAACUUGAACCUCCCGAGCAGGCUGCUGAGACCGGUGUGACAGGAAUGUUGUUUGGCACCUUUGGUGCAGCACACGUUGAUGCCAAUGAUACUGUGGCUAGAGCUGACAUGCAUAAAUUGGAGACAAUUGGCACCAGUUGGCAGUGA